CGUAGCCUCUCUCGAUCCCCGGACACAGAUUCAUCACCACUAGAAUCUUCCACACAAAACUCAGUACAAGAUCGGCAAUGGCGCAGCAGCUGAGGACACCGGCGGCGGAGGAGGCGCUGCUGCGCGGCCACGCCGCCGGUGACAAGGACGACGCCGUCGCCGGCGAGAGCAAGGACGCGAAGCGCGCGCGGGCGGGGCUCUGCGGCGUGCUCCGGGAGCGGAAGGUGGUGGAGCUGGCGCGCGCCAAGCGGCGGCUGGUGGAGGUCCCCUACACGGCGACGCUCGCGCACACGGCGAACGCGCUCCUCGCCGCCCGCGUCUCCGCUGUCGCAGUCGCCGCGCCGCCGGGGCACUGGAUCGGCGCCGGCGGGUCCAUGAUCCUCGAGUCCGACCCGGCCACCGGCGCCGUCCGCAAGCACUACAUCGGCAUGGUCAACAUGCUCGACAUCCUCGCCCACAUCGCCGAGGCCGGCGAUGACAACGACGCCGCCGCCGAUGCUGCUCCCAGCGAGGCCGUCGACCUCGACCGCCGCAUGGCCGUGCCGGUCUCCUCCGUCAUCGGCCACUCCCUCGAAGGCCUCACCCUGUGGACUCUCCAUCCAAACACCAGUGUGCUGGAUUGCAUGGAGACGUUCAGCAAGGGGGUGCACCGCGCGCUGGUGCCGCUGGAGAGCGCGGCGGAGAAUGUGGUGGCGGCGGAGCUCGUCGAGGCGGCGCCGGGGUACAGGAUGGUGACGCAGAUGGACGUGGCGCGCUUCCUGCGCGCGCGCGCCGCCGAGCUGGGGGACGCCAUCCUGUCGCGCUCCGUGCGCGGCGUCGGCGUCGGCGGCGCCGUGCUCGCCGUGGCGAGCGGCACCAAGGUGAUCGAGGCCGUCCGGGCGAUGCGCGCCGCGUCGCUCGCCGCCGUCCCCGUCGUGGACGCCGCCCCCGCCGACGACGCCGACGCGCGGCGGAUCCUCCUCCAGCUCCAGGACGGGAGGGGGAAGCGCGUCGUCGAGACGUUCUCGGCGACGGACCUCCGCGACUGCCCCGUGGCGGAGCUCCAGGCGUGGCUGGGCGUCGCCGUGGCGGAGUUCAAGAAGAAGGUGGCCAUGUACCGCGCCGGCGUUCUCGCCGCCGACGCCGACGAGGACGAAGAGCGGCGGCGGGAGAUGGUGACGUGCUCGCCGGAGAGCACGCUGGGGGAGGCGAUCGAGAAGGCGGUGGCGCACCACGUGCACCGGCUGUGGGUGGUCGACGAGGAGGGGUUGCUCGCCGGGGUGGUGUCGCUGACCGACGUGCUCCGCGUCGUCAGGGAGGCCGCCAUCGGCGAGGACCGGGAGCUCCACGACAUCCUAAGCUAGACAACUUUUUUUUUUUUUUGUCGUAAAGACAAGAAAAGUAUGUAUCUGCACUGCAAACUGCCAUGGUCGGCACAAUGUGGUUGUUUUCGUGUUGUGAAUUUUGCUUUGUUUCCAUCAACAUCAAUGGAUCGGUUUGGGCUGGUUUAGUUCUCAA